CAUUUACCGGCGAAGAAGAGUCUGCCAUAUUGCAGUGAUACAGCGAGUUUGCCCGGCUGAAAUCUCCAAUCUGUUGGCUAUCUUGGUUUAAAAAUGCUUUCAGCUCAGAAUUUUGGAGAAUCUGGAAAGAUGAAAGAAUACCAUUAUGCGGGACCCACGGAACAUCGGUUUUCACCAUACGCCUUCAAUGGAGGAACUGUGCUAGCUGUUGCUGGGGAAGACUUUGCAAUUGUUGCUUCAGACACCAGGCUGAGUGAAGGCUACUCCAUCCACAGCCGGGACUCGCCGAAAUGCUACAAGCUGACAGACACAACUGUCCUUGGCUGCAGCGGUUUCCAUGGUGACUGCCUGACACUGACAAAAAUCAUUGAUGCCAGGCUUAAGAUGUACAAACAUUCAAACAACAAGACUAUGACCAGUGGAGCCAUUGCAGCCAUGUUGUCCACUAUCCUGUACAGCAGGAGAUUCUUCCCAUACUAUGUCUACAACAUCAUUGGGGGGCUAGAUGAACAAGGUAAAGGAGCAGUUUACAGCUUUGACCCAGUGGGGUCCUAUCAGAGGGACACCUACAAGGCUGGGGGAUCAGCUAGUGCAAUGCUGCAGCCAUUAUUAGACAACCAGAUCGGUUUCAAGAACAUGGAGGGUGUGGAGCAUGUUCCUCUGACUAAGGACAAGGCCGUUCAGCUGGUCAAGGACGUCUUCGUUUCAGCUGCUGAAAGAGAUGUCUACACAGGAGACGCACUUCGAAUUUGCAUUGUCACUAAGGAAGGAAUUGAAGAGCAAAAUAUACCACUCAGGAAGGACUAAGAAAAAAACAAGUUUUUUUUUUUGGUCUGUGGGUUCAGCGUAUAUUCUGCUAUUCUGACCCCUUCCUAUCAGAUUUCUAAGCAUAGGAGUGUUGAUCCAAAGGUGAACUCUUAUUUGGCAUCAUAACAGACAUGUUUUCACUUUAUUCUUUAUUUUCUGUUCUUGCCGCAUUAUUGCUAGUUUGGUCAAAGAGCUUCAUCAUAGAUCAGCACUCCUGUUCUAAGAAUCCACCUCCCUAGACCCUGCUUUUGUUCUGAUUUUCUAUCUUUUGAAGUUAAACAUUCUCUGCUCUUCUUUUUACAUUCUUAAUAAAUAUUAAGAAUAAAAAAA